AUGGCAGGUCUCUUUGGCGCUGCCGCCACCGCGAGCACAGCACCGAAUCAGACGCUAGGCGACCUCUCCAAGGAUAUUGCCUUAUCCAACCCCCGAGGACAGCGUUUCCGACCUCGCCUUCUCCCCGCUCAGGGUAAUACCGACUUCCUCGCCGUUUCUAGCUGGGAUAAGAAGGUCCGCAUUUACGAGAUUGCUAGUAACGGUCAGAGCGAAGGUCGCCAUGUGUACGAGCACGGAGGGCCCGUCUUCAACGUUGACUUCUCCAAGGACGGCACCAAAAUCGUCUCGGGAGGCGCCGAUAACCAGGUCAAGGUCUGUGAUUUAGGCAGCACGCAGACCGCCCAAGUCGGCGCCCACGACCAGCCGGUGCGCUGCGUGCGCUUUUUCGAGUCGGGCGGCGGUCCUAUGGUCGUCUCCGGCUCUUGGGACAAGACCGUCAAGUACUGGGACUUGAGGCAGCAACAGCCCGCCGCCCAGAUCCAGUGCCAGGAGCGUGUCUACACCAUGGAUGUCAAGGAUAACCUGCUCGUACUCGGCACCGCCGACCGCUACAUCAACGUUAUCGACCUAAAGAAUCCGACCAAGUUUUACAAGACGCUCCAGAGCCCCCUCAAGUGGCAGACCAAGGUGGUCAGCUGCUUCACCGACUCAGCCGGUUUUGCCAUUGGUAGUAUCGAAGGCCGCUGCGCCAUUCAGUACGUGGAGGACAAGGAUAGCGGAUCCAACUUUUCCUUCAAGUGCCAUCGCGACCCUGCCCAAAACAACGUCGUCAGCGUCCACGCCGUAAACGAUAUCUCCUUCCACCCCGUUUACGGCACGUUCAGCACCGCUGGCUCCGACGGCACCUUCCACUUUUGGGACAAGGACGCCAAGCACCGCCUAAAGGGCUAUCCUAAUGUCGGCGGCAGCAUCGUUUCUACCACAUUUAGCAAGACGGGCAACAUUUUCGCCUAUGCUGUUUCUUACGACUGGAGCAAAGGCUACCAACACAACACAACGCAGUCUCCCAUCAAGGUCAUGCUUCACCCCGUCGAUGCCGACGAGUGCAAGCCUAGGCCGGCUGUGAAGAAGAGGUGA